AUGUCUGAUGAGCGGACGCCGCUGAUCACCAAUGUCUACAUUGGUGCGCCGCGCCGCCGUUACCCGAAUAAUGUCUUACGUCGGUUCUGCACCAUCGCGCUCUCAUCCAUCCUCAUCUUCUGGUCCAUCUUCUUUGUAGUCGCCCUCUUCGUCGACGAGCCUCCUCGUCACCACAAUCACCGCCAUCACGGCUGGUCCUGGUCCAACAGCCUCAGCCGUGGUCCCAUCACCCAUGAGGAGUUGCAAAAGAUCCUCUUUGAGGUGCCCUCAUCUGAGAAGGCCGAGGAGUGGAGCAAAUAUUACACAGCCGGGCCUCAUCUUGCGGGCCAAAACUACUCUCAGGCUCUGUGGACCAAGGAAAAGUGGGAGUCGUGGGGCAUCCAGUCUGACAUUGUCUCUUACGAUGUCUACCUGAACUACCCCAUUGAUCACAGCCUCUCCCUGCUCUCGAAACCCAAGGAUGACGAAGAGUCCACCUGGAAGGUUGAGUUCAAGGCCACUCUCGAGGAAGACGUUCUCGAGGAAGACCCGUCCUCCGGCCUGGAGGAUAGAGUGCCAACGUUCCACGGCUACUCCGCCAGCGGCAACGUAACCGGCUCCUUCGUAUUUGUGAACUAUGGCACGUACCAGGACUACGAGGACCUCGUCAAGGCCAACGUCAGCCUGGAGGGAAAGAUUGUGAUCGCAAAGUAUGGCGGCAUCUUCCGCGGCCUGAAGAUCAAGCGCGCUCAGGAGCUUGGUGCCAUCGGCGCUCUGCUGUACAGCGACCCCGGUGACGAUGGCAAGGUCACCGAGGAGAACGGGUACGAGGCCUACCCCAACGGUCCUGCCCGCCACCCGAGCGCCGUCCAGCGCGGAAGCGCCCAGUUCCUCAGCCACCGGCCCGGAGACCCCACCACCCCCGGCUACCCCUCCAAGCCAGGUGUACCCCGCGCUCCCGUCGACGACGCGACCCCCUCCAUUCCGUCCAUCCCUAUCUCCUACGCGGAUGCCCUUCCCAUUCUGAAGGCUCUCAACGGCCACGGACCUUCGGUGAAGGACUUCAACAAGUACUGGAACAGAAACCUCGGACUCAAGUACAAGGGCAUCGAGUACAACAUCGGCCCCUCCCCCGACAACGUGGUCCUGAACCUCUACAACGAGCAAAACUACACCACCACGCCCCUGUGGAACGUCAUCGGCAUCGUCAACGGCACAAUCCCCAACGAGGUUGUCGUUGUUGGCAACCACCGCGAUGCCUGGAUUGCUGGUGGCGCCGGUGACCCCAACAGCGGCUCCGCCGUCCUGAACGAGGUGAUCCGCGGUGUCGGCAUUGCCGUUGCCAGCGGCUGGAAACCCACGCGUACCAUUGUCUUCGCCAGCUGGGACGGCGAGGAGUACUCGCUGAUCGGCAGCACCGAGUGGGUGGAGGAGUACCUCCCCUGGCUCUCCCAAGCUUCGGUCGCCUACGUCAACGUCGACGUCGGUGUUCGCGGCCCUAACUUCAACCCCUCCGCCGCGCCGCUCCUCCACCGCGUCCUCCGUGAGGUCACGCACCUCGUCCCGUCCCCCAACCAGACGGUUCCCGGCCAGACGGUCGGCGACGUGUGGGACGGGCACAUCAGCACCAUGGGUUCGGGCUCCGACUUCACCGCCUUCCAGGACUUCGCGGGCAUUCCCUCGCUCGACUUUGGCUUCGGCGGCGAGAACGACGAGGUCGUCUACCAGUACCACUCCAACUACGACUCGUUCCACUGGAUGAAGGAAUUCGGCGACCCGGGCUUCGUUUAUCACCGCACCAUGGCCCAGAUCCUUGGCCUCGUUGUGGCCGAGCUGUCCAACGUGCCCGUCAUCCGCUUCAACGCCACCGACUAUGCCGACGCCCUGACGGCCUAUGUCGACCAGGUCGAGGCCAAGCUCACCGUCGCUGAGCCCGCCUCGGACGAGGAGCUUUUCCGCAUGCGCGCCAGCAUCGUCGCCGCCGACGCCGACGCCCGCGGCUCGCCCUCGCAGUUCCGCGCCUCCCUGCAGAUCCUCCGCACCUCCAUCGCCGCCCUGCGUGAGAAGACGGAGAAGCUCGACGCCACGGCCAGCUGGGUCGACUGGGAGCUCAAGUCCGAGAUCCCCUGGUGGAACCUGUUACGCAAGAUCAAGGUCGCCCUGGCCUUUGUCUGGGUCAACAAGUCCUACAAGGGCUUUGAGCGCCACUUCCUGUAUCCCGGUGGCCUGGACGGCCGCAGCUGGUUCAAGCACGUCGUCUUUGCGCCUGGUCUGUGGACCGGCUACUCUGGAGCCGUCUUCCCCGGUCUUCAGGAGAGCAUCGAUGCCAAGGACUUUAACAACGCCCUCAAGUGGACCGGCAUCAUCAACGAGUGCAUCGCCUCCGCCACCAAGAGCCUCUGA